UCCCUCCUCCCCACACCCUCCCAUUUGGCUCCACCGCCCGAAUGCCCCCUUCUCAAUUUAGAAACCAUAACCAUUCCCGCACCCUCAAAAUUCCGUAAUAUCCUCUCCCCUACGCUGCCCCCCCGUUUCCCUCUCUUAAACCAUGUCGAUGACAACCCCAUCUCCGCAACCAAACACCUCCUCCGUCUACCUGGAAAACAUGGACGAACUCCAAAAAGUGUUCAACCAAUUCGACGCCAACAAGGACGGUAAGAUCUCCGUAUCGGAGCUUGGCGAUGUCUUGAAAGCAAUGGGGUCCUCUUACACAAAGGAGGAACUGGAACGUGUCAUGGAAGACAUUGACACCGACAAAGACGGCUUCAUCAACCUGUCCGAGUUCUCCGCUCUCUGCCGCUCUUCUUCGGACGCUGUCUCCGCCGCCUCGGAGCUACGCGACGCCUUCGAUUUGUACGAUCAGGACAAGAACGGCCUGAUUUCGGCAAAUGAGUUGCAUCUGGUUUUGAAUCGGUUGGGGAUGAAUUGCUCGGUCGAUGACUGUGUUAGGAUGAUCACGUCCGUUGAUUCCGACGGUGAUGGGAAUGUUAAUUUUGAGGAGUUUGAGAAAAUGAUGAGUGCUUCGGCUCCUAGAAUCGACAACGGAUCUAAGCCGUAGGAUUUGAAAGUUGUCGACGGCGAUUGCUUGAUUCAGACGAAGCGAAUCAAUAUCAAAGGUAAGCUUUAGUGUUUUCUUAGGCUGUUUUCAUAAAUAAUUCCUCAUCAUAUGGAGUUUUCCAUACGUGUUGGAUUCUCAACUUCAGUCAAUGAAAUGAAGAUUGAAUGGUUACAACUACCGAGGCUGUUUUUAUAAAUUUGUAUCUGUCUCUAUGCCUGACCAGUUUCUUUUUCCCGCAUUUCAAAUGAAAAUUCCCAUGAUUUCUUUCUCGGGAAACUUAUUGCUUCUUGCCAAAA